CGACGUCGGUGCCUACGUAAUACAAUUUCACUGACGUUAUCACUUUGCGACCGGGAGUUUACGCGACGCAAACAGCAAUGGCGAGCGGUAAAAAGAGUGUCCUACUUUCCUCUUUGGCAGACUAUGGAGACGAUUCAGAGCCUGACUCCGACUCCGAACCAGAAGAGACGGGGGGGCGUGUAGCUGGUCUGGUGUACAGCUAUGGAGAGGAUGACCUGAACCGAACUGAGGGUCCCAAUGACAAGGUGUCUGGAGAUGAAGGCAGCAGAGAUAGCAACUCGGAAAUGGAGGAAUCUGACGAGGGGAGGGACGCAGAUGAUGUUGAGGUAUUUAAACACCCACACAUCGUAUUCUCAGAAGUAGAAAAAAAGGACCCCAAUGAGCUAGUUGCUCUAUUCUCGGAGAAAGUACGGAACAUGUCACCUGAUGAGAUCAGGAUCCCCCCCGAGCCCCCCGGAUGCUGCUCGAUCCAGCUACAGGAGAAGACCAAAAGCUGUCGGGGGGAAGCUCCAUGGCAUUUUACCAAACACCCCUCCAAAAAAAAGAGGAGGGACUCCUUCUUUACACUCGUGUGUUUGGGAACUCAAAAAAAACCCUGUAUGCGUCUUGUACUUCCAGCCAAAGCCCAGAAAGUGGAGAUGGACAAGCUAGAAAAAGCCAAGAAGGAGCGGACCAAGAUUGAGUUUGUCACAGGGACUAAGAAGGGCACCAACCCCUCCAGCACAGCAUCCUCCACCAGCAGCAACACCACCACCACCACAGCCACAGCAGAGGCCCAGAAGAGGAAAAGCAAGUGGGACUCGGCAAUCCCUGUGACCCUGGCCCAGCCCACCCUCAUCACUACCAGCGCCACCCUGCCUGCCGUCGUCUCCGUGACAACCACCGCCAGCGGCACCAAGACGACCGUCAUCUCUGCAGUGGGCACCAUCCUAAAGAAGUCAAAGCAGUGAUUUGUUCGGUGUUUGUCUAGAAGAGCGUGUGAUCGCAGCAAUGACUGACAUGAUGCUGGAAGACCUGUAUUUCCUGUGGUCAUUUUAUAUGUGGAAAGAAGCAAUGAGAGAACAAUGAACACGGACAGCUUAUUUUUUAUUUAUUUUUUUUAACCAACCUACAAAUACCCUUUUGCUACAAACGGACUAAUCUAGGGCUUCACUGAGUUUUAUCUCUGGGAUCGUAUCGGCACUAUUGUAUCCUAAAGCCAAAUUCAGUAUUUUGAAAACACUCAAAGACCCUCUAAAAAUCUGAAAGAAUGUCUGUCAUUCAUUUUUAUAUAUGUCGGCAAUAGUUGUUGGUUUAAACAGUUGUAGAAAACAAGAGCGUGACAAUGUUUGUAUAAGGAAAGAGCUCCCAAGCAGACCUGGUAGAAAUAUCUGAAAAAGUGUUUCUUUCAUACAAAUGUGUGUAUUUUUGAUCCAUAGUUUUGGCGCAGUAUUUUCAUUUCCUCUAGCAGUUGUGUUAUAGCUCGACAUGUGCAUCUUUUUUUCCAGCAUUUUGUUUUCUUUCACUAUUGGAAUAUUGACCGACUCAACGUUAAAGUUUUUUUACACUUGUACAUAUAUAUUGAUGAUAAGGUGAAUAAAUUAAUCAGAUGUUGCCUUUUCUGUUCA